AUGUGGCCUUCUGAAUCUGACCUGGAACCUUUGGAUUCUAUUAUUGAUCGGAUGAAUCCAAUCUCCGGAUUUCCGUAUCCCAUGAAAUCGGCAAUAAACCCCGGAUUUCCAAGAAAUGUCGGAGAUCCAUGGAUCGGAGCUUAUACAAAAAAUGGAUUCUGGUUCAAGCUUGCAUGGGGCGGAGAAGAAGAAUGGAAAGAGGUCGCCAAUGAAAUGUGGUAUCGAAAUGAGUUUCUGAUAGAUUCGGCUACUUUCAAUUUGUAUGAAAAAGCGGGAUCAUUAAAAUUUUUAGUCGCUAAAAAUAUUCGAGGAGAAGUUCUAGGAUUGGCUCUUCUUUCCAAAAGCGACUUAUCCAAUUUCUCAAUGAUUGGUCCAAUUUUUGUCCAAGAAGAUUUUCGGCACGUUGGAAUCGGAUCUAUCCUAAUGAAGGAGAUAAUGAAGGAGAAUACAGCAAUUGCUUUUAAUUCUAUAUCUUAUCUUCUUCCAAAAAUCGAGGAAAAAUUCAAAUUGGCGCCAAAAUCGAUGAGAACUUUUGGAAGGGUUCGUGUCACUAAUUCCAGUGGUUUUCCGAAUUUGAAGGAAGAAAAAGCUGGAGUAGGUCUUCUGUUGGCGUACGAAAUCACUGAUGACCAAUGGGACAAAAUAUCAGAAUUCGGAGAAUCUUGCACAAACGAAAAGAGAAACUGGAGACCAUUUUCAGACGAGAAGAAUCAGUUAGUAGCUGCUUUUGAUAAGGAUUCCGGUGAUUGUAUCGGGAUUUCAGUGCUUCGUGAAAUUGAAAAUGAAGAUGGGCGUAUUCCGGAUUUGUUGGUAGCUCCUUUGUAUGCAAAAUCUUUGAUUAUUGCUGAGAUUUUGUUGAGAAAAACAUUCAAGAAGCAUUAUAAUCCAGAAGACGACUAUGAUUUCGACGUGGACCAUUUUGCAAUCUACCGUAGAUCAGUCAAUUUCUUCGUCUUCUCCUCAUCUGAAUCCUUUAUGAUUCCUCUUCUCAAAAAAAUUUCUGGAAGCGAUGGAAAAGUCGAAAAGGAUCGUUUAACUUUUCAAACUUGCUCCAAUUUUCAGUUGCCUGCAAUUAAUCAUGAGCUGAUAUUCUCUCUUUCUGAUCCCAAUAUUCAUUUGUGUUGA